UCUCAUUGUGGUUAGUCUGCUAUCUGCUAUCGGCACUCGGGACAGACAAAGUUUUUUACUUUGAAUCAAAGUUCAAACUGAUUCAUAUUAUAUUAAGAAACAAAAAAUAUAGUAAUAUUUAUAGCAGUUGCCAUUGCCAAAUAACCUUGACAGCUUUUUUCCUAGAUAUUAAUUAAUUGGACUUGGAAAUUUUAAUAUUGGACACGCCAUAUGAACUGAAGCUUUUUAGCUUUAUCAGAGUCAGUGGGAGGAUUUUGAUUACCAUUUUCGAUAAGAAGCGGGGGGGAAAGAAGAGGUAGAGUCAUAUCUACAUUUUAAUUUUCGGACCAACCAAAAUGAAUGACCUAGUGCCAGAUGUUGUUGAUGUGGUGCCCGCUGGCAUAUUACAAGUUAUAUAUCCCGGUUCUCUAGCAGUGAAUUUGGGCAAGGAACUGACACCCACCCAAGUGAAAGAUAAACCAACAGUGACGUGGGAAAGUCUUGUGGGUGAGAAUGAGGAUGUGAGCAAUCAGUACUAUACUCUGCUUAUGGUCGAUCCGGAUGCACCUAGCCGUAGUGAACCGACCUAUCGUGAGAUUUUGCAUUGGGCUAAAAUUAAUAUCCCAGCCGAUGCUCCCAAAGAAGGGCAAGUGUUGGCCGAAUAUAUAGGUUCAGGACCACCCAAAGGCACUGGAUUGCACCGCUAUAUAUUUCUAUUGUAUCAGCAACGGGGAAAAAUUCAGGACUCACUAUAUAUAGGAAAAACUAUUCGUGAGGGCCGACUGAAUUUUAGCGCCAGGAAAUUCGCGGGGAAACAUGGAUUGGGAGCGCCGGUUGCUGCCAACUUUUACGUGGCCCAGUAUGAUGACUAUGUGCCGAUCCGUAAUAAAGAGUUCACUGGCUAGAUUAUGAUCACUCAUGCUUUUUUGUCAAUAAAUUGAAAUUCACGCCACAAGCGCUAUCAUCUUA